GCAAAUCAAAUUCGACCAUAGUCAAUGUCAGUCAACAUAAACAAAUAACAAAUAAUUAUUCGAAUUAAUUUAAAUUUAGUUAGUUGCACAAACAAACAAAAAAAUGACAAUUAUUAUUCUUACGUGUGUGAUUAUAGUAUUUUUUUCAUCAAGUGCUUCAGGUAAAUUUUUAGUGCAACUUGAAGGUAAUCCUGUAGUGCCUUCUAGCCCUUGUCCAGAUGUAUUUGAGUACUUCACUAAACCAGAUGGAAAUGUUUUUGGUAGAAUCACCAUCCCUUAUGAUGGUAGUAUGAAUUUACAUCUUGGGGUAAAUGCUUCGAUGAAAGGGUAUUAUACUAGUGAUAGUGGAAUUAAACUGAAAAUCACAAUGAACACUCCCGGUCAAGACCUGAUGGAACGCCGCACAAACAUUUUAAGCUACGACAUUCAUUUCCCCUUCCAAAACGCCAUUCCUAAAAUAACCAGAAUCGAAUAUAACCAACGGACGUACUGCACAGGUCCUCCAGAAGAACUGAUUGCUGGUUCUCCGGGUGUGACAAGCCUUUGGUCAGGCCAUAACUAUUAUUUCCGAGCUGCUAGUACAGGACCUUCAAUCGUACCCUAUGUACCACCUAAAUCAGAACUUGACUUAUUUGAACCUGAUGUUGUACCCGAUCAAGAAAGAUACCCAAUAAACGAGAUUUCAACAACCACCGCCAAUUAUCCAAAAGUUACCACCACCGAACUGUUUCCAGAAAUCUCUAGUAAAAAUUAUGAAGAAUUUACUAGUAGUGUGCCAAACAAUCAAAAAACCGAAUGUGGAGUUUCGAAAAAUGUCUUUGUCCCACUUAUAGUUGGAGGCAAAGAGUUGAGCGAUGGAAUGUACCCUUGGUUGGUAGCCAUGUUUACUACCAAUGGGAAUGGUUAUGAUUAUAAGUGUACUGCAAAUUUGGUGUCUAAUAGACAUGUUGUGACUGCUGCUAGAUGUACGAACUUUUUCAAAAUCCAAGUAGUCCAAACCGAUGAUAUUCUAUUCGUUUUCGGACGAACUAAUUUAAAGCAUUGGGCUACCAGCGGCGCAGUAACAAGAGGUGCCUCCUUUGUCCGUACAAAUCCGGAUUUUAAUGCUAAUUCUGGCCAUGGAGACUUAUCUGUGAUUACUCUGGAUAAGCCCGUGGAAUUCUCUUCAACAAUUGCACCAAUAUGUCUUUGGGAAGGUGACGAUAACAUACAGAAUAUGGUGAACAAGAAAGGAACUGUAGCUGGGUGGGGUGCAGAUGAAGUUGCCCAAAAAACUGGAAAAUACAGUAUAUCAGUUGCCAAAUCUGUAGAUAUGCCUAUAGUAGCACAAGAGAGCUGCUUGUUUUCCAAUUUAUCCUAUUUUCAGUUAACGUCAGAUGUUACUUUUUGUGCUGGUAAACGAGAUGGUACUGGUACGUGUAUAGGAGACAGCGGUGCCGGUUUUAUGAUGAACAAAAACGGAAAAUUCUACUUACGAGGAUUGGCAUCUUUGGUACUGAGCGACAAAGGCAAAUGCGAUCUCACGAAUUUCAUGGUGUUUUGUGACGCAGCCAAAUUAACUGACUGGAUAAGGGACGCAAUGACAAUUUAGACGUCGACUAUAAUUUUCUAAUAAAAAAAUUUAUGGCUGUUUUUAGAUUCUAAGAUUAAAUAAAUAUAGCGUGAUAAAUAAAUAAUUAAAUAAUUUAUUUUAGAAAUUAAAGUGUUUUAUUC